AUGCACGUGGCGGAAUAUGGGCCGUUUAAGGCGAUUGAUGACAUAUUGACAUUGAGGAAAUUUUCCUCUCAAGUUCCGACCGAAAAAGGCAUUUUUGUUCUGUUGUGUGGUACUCGAGACGAAUAUGGCCGUAGCUGGUGCCCAGCGUGUGAGCGACUCGUCACACACUUGAAGCAGGUCGCUCAAAAGGUACUGCCGCGUGCGGAAAUGGUUUACGUCCAGGUUGGCAAUCGGUCUGAACUGAGAAACGAAAACAAUCCGUUCAAAAAAUACGAAGAAACAAAAUUGAACAAAGUUCCAACUUUGCUCAACUGGAGAACUGGUCAGCGUCUUAAUUCUGCAGAAGCCGCUGACUAUGCGAAGGUCGACGAGUUUCUCGGUAUUAACCGACAUGGCUAG